UACUUGCACGAUCUGAUGUUCUGGACUAUCACCGCCUCAUAGCAUUCAAGCAUCACAUCCGUUCCCUUGCCGACUACCAUUUCCCGCAUCCAUCAAGACGGAAAUCCCAUGGUCUAAACCCGAGGAAGAAGCCCUCUGGGCAAGACUUCUAAACUUUGAUAAUUAAUUAGGAUUGUUAUUCAUCGACCGUCACUUCGAAUCGAGAGCCGACCCGUACAUCGCCUGUCAUGGCAGAUUGGCCGCCUGAUCUGGCCGCCGAAUUCCCAAAUACCAUCGAGCGACGGCGGCAAUCCUCAGCGAGACCCGACACGAUGUCCGAGCAUUCUACAUCCGGGAUCAAGCCUUUCGGCAACGACGCCUCCGUCGAUCCUGAUACCUGUCGAAUAUGUAGAGGAGAAGGUACCCCAGAAGAGCCUCUCUUCUAUCCGUGCAAAUGCAGCGGUAGCAUUAAAUUUGUUCACCAAGAUUGCUUGAUGGAAUGGCUCUCUCACUCGCAAAAGAAACAUUGCGAGCUCUGUAAGACGCCUUUCCGCUUCACCAAACUAUACUCUCCAGAUAUGCCGAAGCGGUUACCCCUCUAUAUUUUCGUCACGCACAUGGCUAGAUAUUUAGUCCGCAACGUUCUAGUCUGGUUGAGGGCCAUCUUGGUCAUUAGCGUCUGGCUAGGUUGGCUUCCCUAUCUCAUGCGAUCCGUCUGGUCGUUCCUGUUCUGGCUCAGCGAUGAGGGAUUCGGUCCCGGCCCGCCAGUACUCGACAAUAGAAACGGCACUUCUAUAGGUCGGGAUGAUCUAUCCUCUUUCUCCAUCACGUAUGCGACUACUUGUCCCUCUUCUCCCUUGUUCGCUACUACGACUACUGCCGCAAGCGUUGGAGGUGUAAUUGAUCAGAUUCCCGUAUCUAGUUUGUUAAAGAGCAUCUCGAAGCCCUUGGCUACCAGCCCCUCAUCGUGGCUUGCUAUGUUGUUGGGCUUGUCCCCGGCUAUCGAAAAAUCAACUUCGGGUGUUAAGGAGCUACUUAAUGUCACGGCCGUCAACCAUGUCACAACCUCGCUUCCUGCCGGCUACCCGUCCUCUCUGCUGAGCGACGUUUCUGUUCUGAAGAACUUCACGCGACACCCAGCUAUCAACCGGGUUAUCAUCGCCGUCCUCGAAGGCCAGAUCAUUACCCUGCUUGUUAUCGUAUGUUUCAUCCUGAUCAUAUUGGUUAGGGACUAUGUGGUGCAACAGCAGCCGGAGAUAAAUAUGCGCGCUGCCUUUGCCGCGGGAGAAAACGAAGCUCCCCCACCGGUUGGCCCCAUGAACAAUCCCAUGGCGCGUAAUGUGGACCUUGGAGACGACGAGGAUUUGGAUUCCGACGACGAUUCCGCCCCUCUCGGUGGUGAUUUAGUGAUGGCCUAUGCCGACGAGCAGGAAGAAGCAAACCAAGGAGACCGUGCCCGUGAUCUAAUGGGCUUACAGAAUCCCCGUCCGAGGCCUAUUGCUGGGUACCGACGACGAGCUCCACGACCUAACACCGACAUCAGGCGCGAGGAUCGCGGGAUCAUCAAUAGAACUUUCACCUUCGACUCUGAAAUCGCGGAACGGGAUGAUGAACCUGAGGCUGGCCCAUCGCAGCAUAAUUUUGCUGACCGGACUGUCUCAAACAGGUUCGAAGGUGCCUCCGAUAUAGAAGAUGGUGAUCCCGCGUCGCAGAGUACCGUCAAAGAAUAUCUGCGAAUAUAUCGAGAAGCCAGUGGAGAUCAAGAACGGAUUCUCCAAAUAAUUCGAGAUGAAGGGCUAGAGGAUCGUAUGCGAUAUUGGAUUCGGGUGACCCAAACGAUGGCUACCGCUGGAAAAGCCGCCGAUGAGAGCGGUCCAGAUUCAAGUAACGGGGAUAGGAGUUCGGCAGUGGCUCAAUGUGAACGCGGCCCGAGCAGCUCUCCGGAUAGAUCCAAGUCGCCCAGAGCAGAUAGGACCGGUAGUGACACCUCAAGCUGGACGUGGGCGGAAACUGACGACGGGGAUACCGCAGCAAGCCAGAAUUCUAAUAGCAAGGGUAAAGAUAAAGCUACUAAACUUGUCGCAGCCGAGUCUGAUUCUUGGACUUCUUGGGGAGGCGAAUUUGGCGAAGCUCCUCCGCAAUCGUCCAAUAACGACGACAAUAUUGGCACUGGCGUACCGGCUUUUACAAGAGCCCGAGCGGCGUCAGAUGGUCCACAAUCUCCAAAGAGGAUCAAUCCUCUUGCGAAUAACAACUGGUCUUUCUCCGACCUACCCCCCAAUCCCCACGGCGAACGCCACGAGGGGACGUCAAGGUUACCAAGCUCAAAUCUUGCUAUAUCUGCUUUUAACUCUGCGUCGGUUACUGCGGAUCCCCGUGAAGAUAUCGAUGAUAUCCAGCUGCUAGAACCAAGAGCGUUCAACGGAGAUGAGCAACGUGCCAGUCAGACCGAGGCGCAUUUGCAAAGGAGCCUUGGUAUGCAAUUAGACGCGCAGGAUAGACUAGCUGCCGAGUAUGAUUUACUCGGACCUGUGGAAGAUGGCCCGGCUGACAAUACCGCCGAUAUGACUGAGCAGGUCCAUGAUGCAGAGCCGGUCGUCGUUGUAGCGCGACAACCCGGCGGCAUCGUAGAUCGCGUAGCCGAUUUCAUGUGGGGGGACGUCGAAGCCGGCAAUCACGACGAUGUCGAACCCGAGGACGCUGUAGAUAUAUUCGGCGAUAACCAGAAUGCCCCUUUCUUCGAUAAUGAGCGCAUGCUUGGUAGGGAAGACGACGAGGCCGAGUUGGCACCCGAUGUCGUCGAAGCUGCCGUUGCUGCCGGCCUCGACCCUGAAGCCGUUGAAGAUGCUGAAGAUUUCGAAGGGAUCAUGGAGCUGAUCGGCAUGCGCGGUCCGAUCGCAGGCCUAUUCCAGAAUGCCAUAUUUUGCGCGUUUCUUGUCUCCAUCUCCAUCUUCUUGUGCAUCUUCAUACCCUACAACGUUGGUCGCGUAUCUGUCUGGGUCAUCGCAAAUCCGGCUCGUCUGCUGCGUAUAGUCUUCAGCGUCUCCAAAUUUGUCCAAGAUGCCGUUCUAUUAGUCGUCGGUUACACUUCUACCUUGACCUUCGCCGUGUUCGAGGCGUUUAGGAUAAUAUUCAAGAUUGAGCACGGGAAACAACUGAUGCAUACGUUAAGAAUUGAUACGAGACGUGUUGCCAUCGGGGCUCUUGACCGGAUUCUGGCUAGUUUCAUGUCCGAGAUGCCGCUGAUCUCCGUCAAUGAGAUGCGCAAUUUCUCAGCUCUUAGCCACCAAGCUCUUCUCAUGGUAAAGAGCGAUAUCCGAUACGCUUUUUCGUCCCUUGGAAACGUUGCCCUUUACAUCUUUGGCGGCGAUUAUUCAGCUAAAUGGGUCACGGCUCAAUCUUGGAUUUCAGUUUUUGAACCAGGCAUAGUUGAGUUCCUAAGAUCCAUUCCCAGCACCGUCGUCCAACCCGGAUCUUGGAUGCUGAACCUUAGUAUACCCGAAUCUCCCUUUUCUGUGAACCCCGGACUCGCGCACUGGGACGCGAACGAUAGAACCUGGGCUAUUCUCCUAGGAUACGUUUCUCUGUCGAUCCUUGCGGGGCUUUACCUUGCUAGAGGAACUCCCUUUUCUUCGGGCCAAACCGCUCAGGAAUGGGAAGCCUCAAUCAUCGACGCGCUGAAUCAGGCCAGUGGCGUCAUGAAAGUGAUCUUAAUUAUCAGCAUAGAAAUGCUGAUAUUUCCUUUGUACUGUGGCCUGCUGUUGGAUUUUGCACUACUCCCUCUUUUCGAGGGGACGACUAUCAAGUCUCGGCUACUGUUCACCUACAACUAUCCACUCACGUCUAUCUUCGUGCACUGGUUUGUCGGUACUGGAUACAUGUUUCAUUUUGCAUUGUUCGUGUCUAUGUGCCGCAAGAUCAUGAGGAAAGGUGUGCUAUACUUCAUCCGGGACCCAGACGAUCCCGAAUUCCACCCAGUCCGCGAUGUCCUUGAACGCAAUGUCACUACGCAACUCCGAAAGAUAUUGUUCUCGGCGUUCGUCUACGGAGCACUCGUCGUCAUCUGUCUUGGGGGCGUCGUAUGGGGCUUGUCCCUAGCGCUUCCCAACGUCCUUCCCAUCCACUACUCCUCUAAUGAGCCAGUCCUAGAAUUUCCUAUCGAUCUCCUCUUUUACAACUUCUUGAUGCCCCUCGCCGUCAAGUUCUUCAAGCCAAGCGACGGAUUACAUGCUAUGUAUACGUGGUGGUUCCGCAAGUGUGCGAGGACCCUGCGAUUGACGUGGUUCCUUUUUGGAGAGAGACGCGUGGAUGAAGAGGGUACAUUGACCUUGCCUCGAGACUCGCCUUAUCAAAACCUUCCUUGGUGGUACCGGCUCUUUCUCGAAGUUAGCAAGGAUAACGAAGUCGGCCCAAAGACGUGGCAAGACACGUUUAAAGGAGGCAAAGCAAAGCCCUCUUCGAGGAUCCCGGCCGACGAGAUGACUCUCCAAGAUGCGAUGAAGAAGAAGCUCGUCGAAUCUGGGCAGCUCAUCCCCGACGGCCGGUUUGUGCGAUCGCCGGCGUCCGAUCAGGUCAAGAUCCCCAAGGGCCAAACGGUGUUCCUCGACGUGUCAGAACAAGACAUCAGGCAAGAUGGAAAACUAGAUCGGCCGGAAAGCGACCUCUACUCGGGCAUUCAUUACCAGCUCGUCUAUGUCCCACCUUGGUUUCGACUGCGCAUCUUUCUGUUUAUCCUCUUCAUAUGGAUAUUCGCGGCUGUCACGGGAGUCGGCUUUACAAUCGUGCCUCUAGUAUUCGGUCGUCGCAUGUUCAAGAUUCUUAUCCCUUCCCACAUACGGACCAAUGAUAUAUACGCGUUCAGCAUCGGCAUAUACAUUCUCGGCUCUCUUGGUUACUUCCUCUUCCAUUUGCAAUCAAUGCUCGGAAAGCUGAGAGCAUGGACGGCGUCCGUAGCAGAUUCGAUGCUAGACCGUCACGCAAUACAGCGUGGUCUUCAAUUUACGUUACACGGUUGCCGGUUAUUAUACACUUACACGGUUCUACUCGUCGUUUUCCCCCUACUCAUCACACUCUUAGUAGAGCUUUACCUGCUCAUGCCGCUACAUACGUACAUGUACCCUACCGGAAUAGAUACCACAAGACUAGAAGGCUUGCGGGAAGGCCAUACCAUACGGGUCAUACAAGCUUGGACUUUGGGUAUCCUCUACCUCAAGCUUGGCUCCCGAGCGCUAACGCUAUAUGGCGGUAGGCCUGCGCAUGCCGUGCGGGCCGUCCUCCGCCGCGGUUGGCUGGAGCCCGACAUUGGUAUCUUGACGCGCGCGUUUGUCAUCCCCGGUGUCCUAGCGUCGCUGCUCAUGAUCAUCGUCCCGCCGAUAAUAGCCCAGACAUUCCUCCAGCACGUGCUAGACGUCAACGAGGGGAUGACUCGCGAGAUGCGGGUCCUCACGUUCCGGCUCGCGUACCCCUUCAUGGCGGUCUUCUGGGUGGGGCUCCUCAUGGCGCGGAACAUGCUGCGCGUCUUCGAGGGCUGGCAGGUCCGGAUCAGGGACGAGGCGUACCUUAUGGGGGAGCGGCUCCACAAUUUCGGCGGCACGGCAUCGAAGGUGUCGGGUUGGAAGGGUAGCACAAGGCUAUAGGCUAUAGGGGUUAUAAGAAAAAAGAAAAGAAAGUUGGGCGCCCGUAACGCAUUGUGUUAGAAUGUGACGUAGCUGGUAGCUCCGACGUACGAAUAUGAAUUUUAUUGUAAUAGAUACUAUAUGGCUUUUUGUUGCUUGUGAGUAGGUACCUAUGCGGAGAUAGAUAGGCUACCUCCUUCUUCUUAUUAUCAAUUCGUGUUCCAAUGAUCCUUAAGAUGUAGUAGGCACCACAACGCGGAAAGUGCCCCGACAGCUGCCAGAAACGACCGCCGCAAUGGCGGCCACUCCAGGGCUUACACGCUUUAGAGCCAAGCGGACUAUUACUCAAUGCAGUAAAACCGAAGAAAACGGUA